GUUGUCCAAGGCUAUGGAUGGCAGAGAGUGGGUGAUCUCCUUCGAUCCGGGAAACCCGGACCUGCGUCAGCCACGGGCGAUUGUCGAAACGAUAUCCAAUUUGCGAGCGUUUUGCGAGAAUUUCUCCGGAUCGACUUGUCCUGUGAAUUUUGCUGAAAGCCUCCCGAGCAUCAUGGACUAUUUUCAGCGUUCCG